CUGAGUCCAAUCAUACAGGUCAUUUUAUAGUAUCUUCAAUAUAGUGGUUGGUUACAAUGGAUAAUAAUUCUGAAAAAGAUAAAAUUAAAUUAUAUUCAGAGCAAACUUUUUCAAAGAUAAAGAGUUGUAUAGAGAGCGAAAUUUUACUAGCUAAUAAAGAGACUGACGUUCUUAAGAAAGCAAACAAUUUAUUAUCUCAAAAGUAUAAUCAAAUGGAAGCAUCACUUUCGAAAAUUAAUGAUUUUUCACAUGAAUUAUUAAAAAAAUAUAAAAAUGUCAUGCCCCUAUUACAACAAAUUGAUACUUUAGAAACAAAUAUCAUCGCUUUAGAAAAUAUUGUCUUUAAACUACAAGAUUAUAGCAAGCAAUUAGAAACUACAUUUAAGCAAAGCGAAAAAAUAUGAACAUCCGGUUAUUCAACUGCCAUUUAAUAAAACAACAUUUGAUUUUGCCAUUCAAAUGAAACAACAUACAAACAACACAUAAUUUAUUAUAAUUAAUAUAGUAUUUAUUAUAUAAUAUAGACCAUAAUUUAUAAGAUAAAU